GUAGAAAUAAUGUGCGCAAUUAUUCUGAAAUGCUUUUGACUUACCAAUUUACAGUUGGCAAAAUGGUGGAAGAAGUUGUGAUCGUUUCGGCUGCUCGAACACCAACAGGUUCCUUCAAUGGUGCCCUGUCCACACUCUCAGCUGCAGAGCUUGGAGCCAUUGCUGUCAAGGAAGCCUUGGAAAGGGCAAAGGUCAAACCUGAUGAGGUGUCUGAAGUCAUACUUGGCCAGGUCCUUACUGCAGGUCAGGGACAAAACCCAGCCAGACAAGCCAGCAUGAAGGCAGGUCUUCCACAGAGUGUGCCAGCAUGUGGUGUCAACAUGCUGUGUGGCUCUGGACUCCGGUCUGUUGUCCUGGCAACACAGGCGGUCAAAGGUGGUGAUGCCGGCAUCGUGGUGGCAGGAGGGCAGGAAAGUAUGAGCAAGUCACCUCAUUGCCUGAACCUCAGAGCUGGUACCAAGAUGGGUGAUGCCACCAUGGUAGAUACUGUGAUAAAUGAUGGUCUGAUGGACGUUUUCAAUAACUAUCAUAUGGGAAUUACUGCUGAAAAUGUGGCCAAGAAAUGGAACAUAAGCCGCGAAGACCAAGACCAGUUUGCCCUACAGUCACAACUUCGAUGUGAAGCUGCUCAAAAUGCUGGCCAUUUUGAUCAAGAAAUUGUACCAGUAUCGGUUCCAUCCAGAAAAGGUCCAGUCGAGGUGAAAAAAGACGAGUUUCCACGAGCUGGCUGUGUUCUAGAAAAUUUCUCCAAAUUAAGACCAUGUUUUCUAAAAGACGGAACCGGUACUGUUACUCCAGGAAAUGCGUCAGGUAUCAAUGAUGGUGCUGCUGCAGUGGUUGUGAUGAGUAAGGCGGAAGCAGAGAAGAGAGGCCUAGAUAAAUACUUCAGGGUAGCUGCCUGGGCACAGGCUGGUGUGGACCCUGCCAUCAUGGGCACUGGACCAAUCCCUGCUGUCCAGAAGGCCCUCUCCAAGGCGAAGUGGACCAUGGAGGAAGUUGACCUGUUUGAACUGAAUGAAGCGUUCGCUGCCCAAUCAUUGGCUGUUGUGAAGGAGUUAGGAUGUGACCAAGCAAAGGUCAACAUCAGUGGAGGAGCGAUUGCCCUAGGCCACCCAAUCGGCGCCUCUGGAGCGAGGAUUCUUACGACUCUGAUGUACAACAUGCGGCGGACAGGAGUGAAGAAAGGUGUUGCAGCACUGUGUGUUGGCGGGGGGAUGGGAAUCGCCAUGUGUAUAGAAGCCAACUAGAACAAUUACUGGGGUCUUCCCAAAUCAACAAACUUAAGAUAGUAUCAGUUGGUGGACUUAUAAGUCAUUAGUGUAUGCAGCUUCUCUCAACCUGGAUCCAAGAGUCCUCAUAGUACUCAUCUUAACUACAUAUACAUUGUCAUUCCAGACUAAGUAGUUUCAAGCUAGACACAUAUCUACUAACUCAAGCUGAGCCUUCUUAGCUUGGGUUUUUUAUGUAUGCUUAAAUGCUGUCGGUUGUGGAAUUGGCAAUGCAGUGGUCGCUCUACACAAUGCAACUAAGUGUUGAUUGACUAACCAGGGGGGUAACAUAGACUGCAGUACAGCAGGUCCACUUCAGUUCAGCCCCCCUUGAAGGCAAUGGUUUACAGUUGCUUCAGGAGUUCAGUAAAAUCUAGUCUUGACCACUGAUCACUCUAAAUCAUGAUUUAGAACAAUUAGGUAUUUAUCAAUUAGGAUUAAUUUUCAGGUGCUAUAAUUAUGUACUUAGCCUAUAUGUAUGAAAUGCUCUUUCUAUCGGUGGUAGCAUCAUGCAUUCGAUGACAUUCCAGGUUUGUGUUUUUUGGUUCUAUGUGAUAAUGCUCACACAUGUAUUUAAUUGGCCAUGUUAUCGGGCCAAAGGGAAAAAUGGAUUAUUACAAAGUAAAAUAAAGGUUCACGAUUUAUUCUUA